CCCAAGGCAACCCCGCCUGCAGCGUGGCGUCAAGCCGAAAUAAAUCGUCUUAAACUUUUGGAACCGGCGUGAAAGUUAUAUGGUUAAAUACAUCAUUUAGUGGUCAACUUGGAGAAAGAAAAGAGCCAUGGCGGGAGCAGAUCAGCUAAAGAUGGAAGAAUUAGACCAUGAAGCAUAUGAAUCAGAAAACCUUCAAGACACUAAUGACUUCACUGGAGAUAAUGGUGCUGGAGACACUGAUUCCAUGAUGGAAGACCCUGAAUUGGAGGCAAUCAAGGCCCGUGUUAGGGAAAUGGAAGAAGAAGCUGAGAAAUUGAAAAUGCUUCAGUCAGAGGUGGAGAAACAAAUUAACAGUCCACAGGGUGUUGCAAGUUCACCCAACAUGUCAGUCGAAGAAAAGAUGGAAGUUGAUGCACGAUCAGUCUUUGUUGGAAAUGUGGAUUAUGGGGCAACUGCAGAGGAACUAGAGCAACAUUUCCAUGGUUGUGGUUCCAUCAACAGAGUUACAAUACUGUGUAACAAAUGGGAUGGCCAACCAAAAGGAUUUGCCUACAUUGAAUUUGGUGACAAAGAUUCUGUGCAAACUGCCAUGGCACUGGACGAAUCUCUCUUUCGGGGCCGACAGAUCAAAGUCAUGUUAAAACGCACCAACAGACCAGGAAUCAGUUCAAGCAACAGACCUCCAAGAGGUGCUAGAGGCCGUGGGGCAAGAGGCACUCGUGCGUUUCCUUCUUUCGGGUUCAGACCAAUGAGGAGACCUAGAGGAAGGAGAGCAGCAUUUUUCGCACCUUACUAAGCAAGACUUGCCCGUCGUACUUUUUUUGUCUGCCCAAAUUAACAAAAUUUCGUUUGAAGCUGAUGAG